AUGCCGGCCCCCUACAGUACUCAUACCACCACGGACGAACUUGUGACUGAUUACGCCUCCCUUAUCAAAGGUAAGGUCAUUCUGACCACGGGCGUUUCCUCAGGCUCCCUUGGUGGCUUCUUCGUCCAAUCCAUUGCCAAGGCUAAGCCUGAGUGGCUUAUCCUGGCCGCUCGCAAUGCCGAUAAACUGGCCCAGAUGGCAGCCGAGGUCACCAAGGCCCAGCCUGAGGUGAAGGUCCGUACACUGCAAGUUGACUUGGGCUCCUUGAAAAGCGUGCGGGAUGCAGCCGCACAGGUCAACUCCUGGGAUGAUAUCUCUGUUAUUGAUGUCCUGGUCAACAACGCGGGAAUUAUGGCAGUGGAUUACAAGCUCUCCCCUGAGGGAUUCGAGUCCCAUCUGGCAACGAACCAUCUGGGGCCGUUCUUGUUCACCAAUCUGCUCAUCAAGAAGAUUGUGGCCGCAAAGGAACCAAGAAUCGUUGUUGUCAGUAGCGAUGGCCAUCGGUUGAACCCGUUCCGGUUCGAUGACUAUAAUUUUGAUGAUGGGAAGACGUACAACCGGUGGUACGCCUAUGGUCAGAGCAAGACCGCUAAUAUGCUGUUCGCUAUUUCUCUGGCUCAGAAACUUGGAAUAAAAUAUAAUCUCCAGGCAUUCAGCCUCCACCCAGGAGUCAUCUGGACCAAUCUGGGCAAUCAUUUGGACUGGAAUGUUGAGUUUGGGGAACUACGCAACGCGGACAAGUCUCUGGGUAAUCGGGAAGGAUGGAAGGAUUUUGAUGCCAAGCCACUGGAGAGAGGUGCCGCCACCCAUAUCUACGCAGCAUUUGACCCAAGUCUCAAGGCCAACAACGGGGCCUACCUGCUCGACUGCCAUGUGGCCGAUCCUCUGGUAGACACGGUCAAACCAUGGGCCACCAGUAGUUUCGAAGCCGAAAGACUAUGGAGACUGAGUGAGAAGCUGGUUGGGCAGGAGUUUUCCUACUAG